ACUUGUUUGUGGAAGUUAGAGAAACUGAACAUUUCGCAUUUGCCACCUCCCCACGACUCUGCGCCAUUUUGGCUCCAAAGUAUCUUAUAGCACAGUACACAAAACCCGACACACCCGCCGUAUGGUGUUCUUUAAAAAGCAGUAAUAAAUAAAUAAAUAAAUAAAUAAAUAAACAAUCUUUGUUUUUGGUUGGGCUAAGGAAACGUCAAUCACGACACACGGUCAGGUUGACACGAGAGUACAGGAUACUGUUAUGAGCCGUAGGGCUGGUUAACUGCGUAACAAAAGAUCACACACUGGACGUGUAGGACAGUACCACUGAGCCUAGGGCUGAGCUGUACCAACCAAGUGUUGCCAGGAUAAAGACAGAUACAGCCAUGAAUGCCCCCAAGGGUGGGCUGGUUAUAUUUACAGCCAACUCCAACCCUUCUUGCAUGGCGCUUGGCAAGAGGAUUUCAGAGCGUCUUGGUGUGGUGCUUGGUAAAGUGCAGGUUUACCAAGAGGCAAACAGGGAAACAAGAGUGCAGAUCCAGGAGUCUGUAAGAGGGAAAGACGUCUUCAUCAUUCAGACAGUUUCCAAAGACGUUAACACUGCGAUCAUGGAGCUCCUCAUCAUGGUGUAUGCCUGCAAGACCUCCUGUGCCCGCAGUAUCAUUGGAGUCAUUCCCUACUUCCCCUACAGCAAGCAGUGCAAGAUGAGGAAAAGAGGCUCCAUCGUGUCAAAGUUACUUGCGUCAAUGAUGUGCAAAGCUGGACUAAAUCACCUGAUCACGAUGGAUUUGCAUCAGAAAGAAAUUCAGGGUUUCUUUAACAUCCCGGUAGACAAUCUGAGAGCAUCGCCAUUCCUCUUGCAGUACAUUCAAGAAGAGAUUCCUGACUAUAGAAAUGCAGUAAUUGUGGCCAAAUCUCCAUCUUCAGCUAAAAGGGCACAGUCCUUUGCUGAGCGGUUGCGAUUGGGGAUUGCAGUGAUUCAUGGGGAAGCCCAGGAUGCAGAGUCUGACCUGGUGGACGGGCGUCACUCUCCACCGACUGUCAAAAACAUAGGGGCCAUUCACCCCAGCUUGGAUAUACCCUUUGUAAUUCCAAAAGAAAAACCACCAAUUACAGUUGUGGGAGAUGUUGGUGGGAGGAUCGCCAUUAUAGUGGACGACAUUAUUGAUGAUGUUGACAGCUUUUUAGCUGCUGCCGACACACUUAAGGAGAGAGGGGCUUACAAAAUCUACGUGAUGGCAACUCACGGGAUCUUAUCCUGCGACGCCCCGCGAUUGAUAGAAGAGUCAGCAAUUAAUGAGGUGGUAGUGACCAACACCAUCCCUCAUGAAAUCCAGAAGCUGCAGUGCCCCAAGAUCAAGACUGUGGACAUCAGCAUGAUCCUGUCCGAAGCUAUUCGACGGAUCCACAAUGGGGAAUCCAUGUCCUACCUCUUCAGGAAUAUCGGGGUGGAUGAUUGAAACCUUCCUUUCGAGCCAAACUCAAAGUGUAUUGACUUAUUUGUGUGUGUUUAUGUAUAGAUGACGGGAAUGUUGCGUUUAAUUCAGAGGGGCCAAUUUUGUUAAAAGGAUUAAUUAGGGCAAAGAGAAAGAAAUUGCAUAUAGACUCAAUAAUUCAGUUUUUUUGUUUUUACGUGGAAAUGAAGUUAAGGUGUAUAAAUAAAUUGCCUUUUUGUUGCGCAUUAUAUGUAUGGUAGGUUGCACUGUGAUUGUUGCGCUAAUGCAGGACUUAUUAAUUUUUUAUUUUUUUCGGAGUGUUCCAUUUGUCAAGCAGCAGGACAGUAACAAUGAAUGCAUGAGUUGUUGUAAUAGACUUUAAACAUUUAAGAGUAUCGGGGUGUCAAGGACAGGUCUGUAACAAAUGAUAACUUUUUAUUCUUACACAUCAAAGCCUAUAUCCCUGGAGCAAACUGGGGAGAAAUCAACUUGAAUACUUGCAGAAGUCUGUUAAGUAGUUUAUAUGCCUCUCAAGCUGGGAUCAGGGCAAGUUCACUGGUGCCAAAAGCUUGGUAUAGAAUUUGAAUAUUGUCAAUAUUUCAUUUUUUAAAUUUAUUUAAGUGGUCUCAAACAAGCCUUUAGAUUCGUUGGUUAUUGUUUAUAGUGGUAGUGUAUAGAUUUAAAAAAUAAAUAAAUGGAUAUUAAAGGGAUAAACAAAGCAAAUAUUUGUUUGAGAGUAACCUAUCCUGGUAAUAUUCGUAUUGUAGUAGCAGGCUGCAUUUAAAGUGUGAAUUGUAUACUCCUUAUGUGCUUCUUGAAUUAGGAACUAGGAAUACUUUCAAUAUUUAAUUGCUAAAUGGAAUAAACUAUUUUUUUAUUAAUUUAAGCGAUAUUCAAAAUUGAGACUGGAGCUUUGGGCUUGUGGUCUUUUUCAUGCCUUCUGUGUAUUGUUAGAUACAAGUUGUAUGACAGUUGGAGAAACUUCCAAGCUUAUUAAUAAUGCAGUUUGUAAUUGCUAAUUCAAGGGAAGCUUUUGUAUUUAUUUUCUGCAAAUGAAAAAAAAAAAGGUAAUGUGUCUUGAUUUCUUAUUUAUCAGGCUGGAAUUAUAAUUUUUUGUAUUAAACACUUUAAUAAAAUCGUCAGCGCCUC